GGGAUUGGAGGACCAAUGUUAAUUAGGGCCUAAUCAAGUCUUCCCCUCCCCUUCUUGCACUCAUUUCCCUGCCUUUCCCCUCUCUCUCUCUCUCACCUUCUCUCUGUCUCUGUUUCUUCCUUUCUUAAGGGUAUGUAUGCAUGGAGGGCCGUAACGGCGCCCUCCCAAUUCCGUUGACCCGCCGUUAAGUCUUCACGUGGGUUUUACGAGGAAGUUGUGAUCUUUUUGUUUUGGCUGUUGCCGGUCUCGGUGAUGGUUAACGCCGUCGAAGCCGGUGGUUCCAAUGGCCACAACGGCGGCGGCGGUGACGGAGGAGGGGGAGGGCGGGCCCCGCGACUGCCGCGGUGGACGAGGCAGGAGAUACUGGUGCUAAUACAGGGGAAGAGGGUGGUGGAGAGCCGAGGGAGAGGGCGCGGGAUGGGGCGGGGAGUUGGCGGCGGCGGCGGCGGCGGGGAGGAAGGGGCAGCCGCGCCGGUGGAGCCCAAGUGGGCGUCGGUGUCGUCUUACUGCCGGUUGCACGGGGUGAACCGGGGGCCGGUGCAGUGCCGGAAGCGGUGGAGCAACCUCGCUGGCGACUUUAAGAAGAUAAAGGAGUGGGAAGGGAAGGGAAAGGAGUCGUUUUGGACGAUGAGGAGCGAUCUCAGGAGGGAAAAGAGGCUGCCGGGAUUCUUUGAUCGAGAGGUGUACGAUAUCCUCGACGGUGCAGCCGUGGCGGCGGUGGCGGAGGAGGAGGGGAAAAACGGAAGCGGGCCGGCGGCGGCCGCGGGGGCUGAGGAGGAAGAGGCGGUCUUUGAUAGCGGGCGGACCGCAGCCGAGGAUGGAUUGUUCUCAGACUUCGAUGAGGAGAAGGAGGCAGAGGAGGAGGAGGAGGAGGAGGAUUCGGCGCCGCCCCUGCAGCCGGUGGCUGCUGUACCAAUAUCGGAAAAGAAGUGCGAAUCAUCUCAACAGGGGGGGUCUGACCGAGCUACAACAAAAGAUAAACAACAAGAUUAUAACCCUGAGAAGGGCUCCCCGCUACGAGAAGGACAAAAGCGAAGACGAACAUCACCAGAAGGAGCUGAAGACAGCGAUCUACAGAAUCGACUAAUUAAAGUCCUAGAGAUGAACAGUAGAAUGCUGACAGCCCAACUAGAAGCUCAAAACAUUAAUUGCCAAUUGGACAGAGACCAGAGGAAGGACCAAACUAACAGCUUGCUCGCUGUUCUGGGCAAACUUGCAGAUGCUCUUGGCCGAAUAGCUGACAAGUUAUAGCAACUUCCGGAUGAGUUGGCGCCACGGUCAUCCGAGGACUCCAUUCUGCUAAUUAUGCUCAUGACUCUGUGGAUCUUGAUGAGGGUGUAUUGAGAAUCUAUUUCCUAUUGUUUGUACAAACUAGUUUGUGAAUUGGUCAUUGGAAUGUAAAGCUUUUUUUUUCUUUACCUUUCAGGGAGUGAUAGGAUUGAUAGGGUGAUAACUGAAACUUACAGAGAGAGGAGAGAUUUGGCUGCUGCCAAUUGCUUUCUUAUGAUCUAAAAUCACUGAUUUGAAGUUUAUUGGAUAAAACUAUGGAAGUUGAAAUUGUAGCAGCAGAUUAUUUUUGGAAAUAUACUUCAAGAAGAGUCAUACUGCUUGUA